AUUAACAGGCAUGGACAUCGAGAAAAGACGCUAAUAGGAUCAAGCUCCAAGUGGAAAGAGCACAAAUAGACCUGGGCUGCUACAAACAGUCCACACAGGAACACUUUGUUUUCCUUUUUGUUGUUUCGGCUGUUUCAGUGCAGAAUUUGGCAAAAGCAAAGAGAUGAAGUUUCUGCAAAGUUUGGUUCUGCUGGUGUCACUGGUUCUCAUUGGGAGUGGUGCAGCAGAGCAACAAACAGCCUCACAGGAUGCUUUAAAAGAGUUGUCCCAGGCUGGAGAGAAGGUGGUGGGCGAGGAGGUGAAGCGAGCUUUGUACGGCGUCAAGCAGAUGGAGGAGGUGAUGUGGAGGAACGAGCAGAAGCACGAGCACCUCAUGAAGUCUCUGCAACACAGCAGCGACAAGACAAAGGGGGCGGCACAGCUGGCACAAGACGUGUCGGAGAAGCUGCAGGAGGCUGAGGAGCACUGCAGAACAUCCUUACAGUCAGAGUGGGAUCAGUGUAGGCCCUGCUUGGAGGAGGCAUGCAAAACCUUCUUCAGCACCACUUGUCGUAGAGGUUUUGCCACCUUCAAAACUAAGGUGGAGAACUUUUUCCGCAGGAUGUCCAGACGCUUCAGCUUCAGUGAGCCCGAGCUGGAAGCAGGUGACAUCCUGGUGAACCAAGAACCGGACAACCCAGAUCUAGAGAUGGUCCGCAUCCAAGAUUCCUUCACCCGCCUGAGCCGGAAAGUGCGGAUGCUGGUGAACAACAGUGUGGCCUUGGCCUCCAGGAUGAGCGACAAGCUGGACCAAGCUCUCCAGGAGUCUCUGCUGAGCAAGCCCUUUGUCUCGACCACCACAGACCCCAAUGACCCAGCCCGCGACUCGGGUUUCCUGCAGGGGGUGGGCUUGGAGGAGGUGUUGGACUCCUUCUUUGACUUUGGCCGCAGUGUGGUGGAGGAGUUUGGGGCGGUGGUGACGCAGGUGUUUGAUGACCUCCAUGGAACACAGGCGGACGACAAAAAGAUGGACACUUCAUUAGCAACUUCCAUCUUUGUGUUGAGAGCAGAGAAAAGCAUCCCGCGCUUCUUGCAGAACAGGAAGCUGUGCAGAGACCUCCGCAAACAGUCGUCCGAGUGCUGGCAGCUCCAGAAGCAGUGUGAAGCCUGCCAGGGGGGCUUGCUCACAGAGUGUCCGAGCGUGAGGGAGCUGCACGUGGAGCUGGACCAGGUCUCCCAGCUGCUGGGCAUGUCCAAGGAGCAGUACGACGAGAUCCUGUCCAUUGUGCAGCAACAUGCCGACGAGACGAUCAGCUGGCUUGGCAACAUGGCCGGCGAGUUCAGCUGGGUGGCUCGGGUGGUGGGCGACGGCAGCGGACCACAAAACAUCUUCCGCGUCACAAGGGUGGCACCAAUGAGCCAAGACCUAAACCUGCCAGCAACAGAGACCCAAGUGGAGGUGAACAUCCUCAACUCCCCCCCCUAUAUCCUCUCCGUGCCAGGGGAGCUGAACCUGCAGGAACCGGCCUUCAUCCAGUAUGUGGUCCAGGAGGCCCUGGGGAAGUACAAGGAGAUGGUCAGGUAUGAUGAAGAUGAGGAGUAGAGGACAACCAAUCACAGAGUUCCAUAGAGUUGCACAAUAUUUAACAACAAAAUGCUUUGCUUACCUGCUGCCAGCUAUACUUAAAGUACAUGGAGAAACGUUUCAACAAAACAUACAUUUCAGCAGAGCAAAACAUCAAAAAUGCAUUUUUAAGUAAAAAUUUUUAUUUUUUUUCUGUACAAAAAUUCUAUUAGUUACCAUUUUGUGUCAUUUCAUUAUCAUCUCCCGCUCCCCCUGACUUACUCAAGUCCUAACUUUAGGAACAAUCACUAAUUAUGUUCUCCAGAGGAGAACAACAGAAACAGAAACGGAGUUAAAAACAAAUUAAAAUUUUAAAAAUGUUCACAUCUUUCUCCUAGGCAUUCUUAUGCAAUUUUUCCCAUCAAGCACAACUGGACAGACAGAGCAGUAAAUAUAACAAACACCAUUUUCGACUCAUUUGAAAUUUGCAUUGUUAGCUCUGCCAUUUAAAAACAAUUGUGUUUUGUAGUGUUACACUUGGGAAAAAACAGUGUAGAGUUCAUGCAACAUGAACUUGCUUUUUUAGUGUUUAACUGACAUAACAUCAUUGUGGAGGCCAAGAAUGUAUCCAUCGCAAUCAGGAAAUUGUAUAAAUGUCAUGUUUUUGACUGUGUGCUAUAUUGGACAUGAUACUGUAUAUUAACGAUGAACGGCUCAACUCAUUUGCUGAAAAAUGUCACUGAAAUGGUGUGAUGUGCUUUUCACCCAAAAAAAAAAAGAAUACAACAGAAAUAAAUUCCCUAGCCACAGGAAAUUAGGAAA